CCGCAAUGGCCAGUAAUAGCAAUGGGCACUCCUGGAAAUGCGCUGUGGAUGCUCUUCGCCAAUACUACGCCUUCCUUGCGAACGAUUUGGGAGCCAUCCCAUCCACCUGUAUCGUCGAGCCUCCGGUUGAAGGCUGGCCCACCAUCACUCAGACUUCACUUGCCGGGCUUGAGAAAACCGACACGGUGAUUGAAUUUCUCCGCCAUCUACCGUAUAUCGAAUCCUCAGGAGAAUACAACACACAGAUUGGUUUCAGUACAUGUGCGGUAGAUUAUAGGGCGUAUGGGAAGUAUAUGGUCGCCAAAGGAGAAAGAUCACGCUUUUACCCUGUUGGCAGUGAGGACUUCCCGCCCAAUGUAGUGGUGUUGACUGAAGAGGGCGAGGACUAUUAUGGUAGUUUGUUGCUUGUGGAUGUUGAGAAAGGUUGUGAUUAUAUAUCCGCCCAGCACAGCUUAUCUGACUCUGACCUCGUAGGCACGGCUACCGACUAUCAACCUCGAGGGGCUCGAAAGGCAGGCGUGCCCGACCCAUCAACCACACCACAGAUCUGGCGUUACUCGGAAACAAAACCCAUCGCCGAGCUAUUGGCUUCGUGGGAGCAGAAGUUUCGGUCGCUCGAGUGGACAGUCAACCCUUUCAAUGAUGAAGGUGGUAUGAUGCUUCGGCAUGAUCGUGCAACAGAUGUCUAUCGUGAUCAUGGCUGGCCUGAUGACUUUCGUCGCAAGGAGUGUCGUGAUGCCUUGCGAGGAUGGAACAGGACUAUCAAUGACCGACUUUCACAACCUGGGAAUAAUCUGCUAGAGAUCACUCGCCAGCCUCCUGGUUUGCGUAAG